GACCGGAGGAGGGGCGCUCAGCAGCGCUGGAGCCCAGCGGCCCGGGCGCGGAAGCCGGCAUGGAAGGCGCGGCGAGUGACCCGUACCGGCGGCCGGCGCGGCGCACGCAGUGGCUCCUGAGCGCCCUGGCGCACCACUACGGGCUGGACCGCGGCGUGGAGAACGAGAUCGUGGUGCUGGCCACCGGCCUGGACCAGUAUCUGCAGGAGGUCUUCCACCACCUGGACAGCCGAGGGGCCGGCCGCUUGCCCCGCGCCGACUUCCGUGCGCUCUGCGCGGUGCUGGGACUGCGCUUCGAGGGGGCUGCAGCCCCCGGGGAGGCCUCCGGAGAUACGGCCGCCGGAGACACGAACUCUGGGGACGUGAUAUCGGGGGACGCGGCCGCUGGGGAGGCCGCCGAAUGCGACGAGGAUGCCGAGGAGGAGGCGCGCCUGGCGCUGCGCGCGGAGCCGCCCGAGCUCACCUUCCGCCAGUUCCACGCGCGCCUCUGCGGCUACUUCGGCACCCGCGCCGGGCCCCGUCUGCCCCGCGGCGCUCUGAGCGAGCACAUCGAGACGCAGAUCCGCCUGCGCCGCCCGCGCCGCCGCCGCCGCCGAGCUGCCCGCCCGCCCGGCCCCGACGGCGGCCCCGAGGGCGAGCGCCUGGCGCGGCUGGAGGAGGAAAACAGCAGUCUGCGCGAGCUGGUGGAGGACCUGCGGGCCGCGCUGCAGAGCAGUGACGCGCGCUGCCUGGCGCUGCAGGUCGGCCUCUGGAAGAGCCAGGCGGGCGCCCAGGAGGCGGCGCGAGGCGAGCCCGAGGCGGCGGCGCGGGAGCUGCGGCAGGCGCGGGGCGCGCUGGCGGCGGCCGAGGCCCACGCGGGGCGGCUGCGCCGGGGCCAGGCCGAGGUGCGGCGGCGUGCGGAGGAGGCCCGGGCGGCGGUGCUCCGCAGCCUGGGGCGCGUUCGCGAGCUCGAGGCGCUGGCGCGCCAGGUGCCCAGCCUGCAGCGCGGGCUGCGGCGGCUGGAGGGCGAGCUGCGGCGAUACAGGUCAGAGGGCACCCAGCUCCCGGGCCCACCACGAGCCAGCCCAGAGCCCGACACCAAGAGCAGCGAACCUGAGGAUGGUGAGGCCAGAGGCCCAGAGCCCCCUCCAGACGGAGCCUGGGGGUCCGACAGCAGCCCGGCGAGCAGACCCCCAGGCCCAGGGCUGGACGAGCAGCUGUUCCGCUCGGUCGAGGGCCAGGCUGCCUCUGACGAGGAGGACGACCGCGAGAAGUGGCAGGAGGUGCAGCGGCCACCGGCCGAGGUCACGGCGCUGCUGGCAGGUCUCUCCGGCUGCGGGAGCGGGUGCGAUGACCAGAUGGCCAAGAAGCUCAUGACUUACUGCAGCCACUUGGGCGGUGCCAACCAUGCCCGCGCCCUGGGGGAGCUGGAGACCUGUGUUGCCAUGCUGGUGGAGCAGCUGGGGUCCCGGGGCUGUGGUGCAAAGAUUCUGAGGACACCUGAGGAGGAGGCAGAGCUGCAGCGGAAGGUGGGUGAGAACGAGAGCCUGCGGCAGGAGCUGCAGAUGGUGGAGACGGAGAGGGUGCGGCUGUCCCUGCUGGAGGAGAAGCUGGAGGACGUGCUGGGGCUCCUGCAGAGGCUCCGCGACCUGAACAUAUCGAAAAAAGCCCUGGGGAAGAUUUUGCUGAGCACGCUGGAUGCUUGCAGGGACCCCACACAAGACGGGCCGUCGGGCCCCUUGGCCGUGCUGGAAGCCCUGCACCGAGCUUUGGCUGGCUGUGAGCUCCUGCGUACAGAACCGUCAGCCCCUGCCUCCGCAGCUCCGGCCCUCGCCCACUCCUUCCCCAUCUCCUGCUGAGGUUGCUGGCCCGGCCUGUGGGCAGCCUGGCCACCAUCAGACCAGCCUCCGGGACCAGCCUGGCCACCAUCACAUCCUCAGAACCCUGGGGUCACCGGCUCCUUCUGACACUGGUCCAAGCGUGGAGCCUGGCAGCCACGCCUCCCCUGGGCUCCUCAUUCCUGGCCUACGUUCCUGCUGCCAGCAUGCACGCUGCCGACGGUUGCUGGAUCAGCCUGUACCCGCUGCCAGCCCCCUGCCCUUGGAGUCGAGGUGCCCGCUUUUCUGCCUGGUUCAGUCCAGAAUCCCUUCCCUGGGCUCCCAGUAUCUCUUCCCUUCCCAGCGGUGUCCUCUUUGUCCACACGGCGUGACUGCUCCAGGGACCUCGUGCCCCGCACUCCACUCAGGACACUACCCAUGCCCCGGAAGUGCUGAAGGCUGGACACGGGGCUGGGGGAACUCCCAGGGAGGAGACAGUGAUCACAGCAGGCUUUCUGGUGGAGGUGGCCUUGAACUAGCUCUAGAAGAGCAGUUAGAUUUAGAUGGGAAGAGAGGGGGGAAGGGCAUUUAAUGCAAGGGAACAGGGAGCGCCCAAGUGUGCUGCCGUAAAGCGCCCCAUGAGUACAGACCCCAGAGCCCCUCUUUCCUGAGCCCCCAGUAGGUACCAGGCCCCGUGGAUCACAGGCAGGAGCAAGACAAGCUGCCCGGUCCCAUCAACCUUAAACCCUCGUAGGAGAGAAAGACACAUUGGAGAGCACUGCAGUGCAGGUAGAAUCCGUGCUAAACUGCGGCAGAUGAGGGUUCUGAGAGUGCAGACGAUGGGGGCAGUCCGAGUCAAGGAGGACGGAGCUCUGCAGAGGGCAGGGCAAGGACAGGCACCCUGCGGGGAUGGGGCCCUGAUGACUCGUCUCCCAGGCAAUGGGCGCCUUGGAGGGGUUCUGACCUGCCUCCCGGAGGUGAGGGGGAGGGUAGCAGACGGGAGGAUGCAGGACUUGGGAGCAAGGGGUCACCUGGGGGACACAGAAGAGGGGCCACGGGGAAAGGAGGACCAGGGCCCAGCAGGCAGUCCCGGGCAGGGCCACAGGGAGGGCUGGAGGGUGACCCUUGGCCGCGCGUGGGGCCACAGGGGUCCACGUGUGUGGUAAGAUCCAUGGAAGUGGGCGUUCUUCUCCAAAAACUCAGCUUUACUGUGUGUUAACGAAAAAUAAAAGGGGCAGGGCCUUCCCUGACGGUCCGGUGGUUAAGAAUCCACCUUCCAAUGCAGGGGACGUGGGUUCGAUCCCUGGUUGGCGAACUAGAUCCCACAUGCCACAGCUAAGCCCACAAGCUGCAAACCAGUGACUCAUAAACCACAGCCAAAGAGCCCACGUGACGCAUGAAGACCCUGCGUGCUGCCACUAGGACCCGAGGCAAGCAGAGAAAUACAUAUUUAAAAGUAAUAAUAGUGAUAAUAAACGGGACCAGAAGAGACAUUCCUGAAGCACCCCCCGCCCCUGCUCUGGCUCCCUGGAAUCGGCCGACAGCAGGCAGGCAGGAUUCCUGUAGACUCCAACCACACUAAGGCUCACACUCAGGAGCUUCCUAAUAAAAAUCUCUGACCUCUGCCUGACAAGCAAAGGUGUAUCGUCGCUCGUAGAGCCCUCAUCUCACUGGAGGCAAGUUUAUGAGGUGGCCUAGCAUGCACAGGUGCCAGAGAAGCUGAGGGACUACCCGGCACCUCACAGCCAAUCAGCACCCACGCCUGGGCUGAGCCUGCUUCCUGGGCUGAGCCUGCUUCCUGAGCCCGCGUCACACACGCUUCCUACCUCGGCCAGCUGUCUCUGAUUAGGGACCCCAGGGCUUGGGGUCUGAAUCAGUUACAGCACAGCUAAGCCCCCUUGAUAAACGAGCUCCCACAACACUCUGGGCCAAACAAGACAGAACUUUCUCUCCCGUAGUGGUUCAGAGGGGAGUGGACGACACAGCAGCUCUGCUCCACGUGGCCACCCAGGGGCCCAGGUUCCUUCUGCUGUGUUGCUCUGUCGUCCCCUAGGGUGUCGUCCCUGGCAGAACCUAAUCACCAGCAUCACAUCGGCCCUCCGGCCCCCGGGAAGGAGGAGACAGGGAGGGGAGGCUCAGGUACUCCGGCUCACACAUCCUCUAAGCUCAUCCCACUGGCCAUACCUGGCUGCAAGGGAUGCUGGGAGAUGUCUCCUGUAGCUGGGCAACCACGGGACCAGCUAAUGCUAACAUUAUUAAAAGAAAAAAGGUGGCCAACUGGACUGGGGGCUAGCCACACACCCCAGGCUGCUCACAGUAGUCUGCUUGGCACAGCAGAGGGGCCGAGCGGGCACGUACGGGCACCCCUGCAGUGCCCACCGUGGCCGGAGGAGAGCACACAGCCCUCCUCCUACAAAAGGCCACGUCGCCAAGGUCGGCUGACAACCGACCUACAAGACAGCAAGAAGAGCUAAUUAGGCAAAUGAGGUGCCAGAGGAGCACGUUCACAACAAAGGAACAGGAUGAAAUCCCAGGUUGGACUUCCCUGAUGGUCCAGUGGGUGAGAAUCUGCCUUCCAGUGCGGGGUCAGAACCGGGUUGGGCAACUGAGCCCAUGAGACACAGCUAGAGAAGCCUACGUGGGCCGCCGCAGAGACCCAGCACAAUCAGAGCAAAAACAGACGAAAACAAAACGAGCCACUCCCGAUUUCCCCACCAAGAAAAGAUACAGCCCCAGGAGAGCGAAGCUAAGCGGAAACAGGCAAUCUACCCGAGAAAGAGCUCAAGGUAGUGAUCAUAAAGAGGAUCAAAGAACUCAGAAGAAGCGAUAAACAGAGUGAGAGUUGGUUAGAAAAUGUAAAAGAACCCCCAAGCAGAGAUGAAAAAUGUAGUAACUGCAUAUUUAAAAAAGACACCAGAAGGAAUCAACAGCAGACUAAAUGACGCUGAGAUGUGGAUCAGUGAACGGGCAGACAGAAGUGGAAAUCCCUGAAGCUGAAGAGAAAAAAGAGAAACGGGACAGUUUCAGAGAUCUCUGUGAUAACAUCAAGUGUACUCACGGUAGCAUUAUAGGGGUCCUAGCAGAAAAGAAAGAAAAGGGACAGAGAAUUUAUUUGAAGACAUUGUAGCUGAAAACUCCCCUAACUUGGGAAAGCAAGCGGACACUCAGGUGCUGGAAGCACAGAGAAUCUAAUGGGAGCAGCCCCCAGAAGGACCAAGACACACGUAAAAUGGCAAAAACCAAAGAUGAAGAGCAAGCGAGGGACGUCCCUGGUGGACCAGGGCUUCACACUGCAGGGGGCGUAGGUUUGACCCUGGGGUGGAGAACUAGGACCCCUCGCGCCAAUUGAUGAGAGAAAACACACACGCACGCACACGCACACACAUGCAUGCACAGCAACAAGCUACAUACAACGGCUGGCUUCUCAGCAGAACCUGCAGGCCAGAAGGGAGGGGCUCAAUAUAUUUAAAGUGAUGAAAGGGAAAAACCUACACCCACCCAAGAAUACUUUUCCUGGCAAAACUCUCACUCAGAUAUGAUGGAGAGAUCGAAAGUUUUACAGCAACACCAAACCAGCUUUAUAAGAAAUGUUCAAGAGACUUCUCUAAGCAAAAAAAAAAAGAGGCUACAACCAGAAACACGAAAUUUAUGAAAGGAAAACACUCACUGGAGGAGCAAAUACCCAGUAACGGGAGCAAGGCAACCACAGACAAAGCUAGCCGGCAGAUUAAAAGACAAAAGGAGGAAAAUCGAUAUCCGUAAUAAGCAGUCAAGGGAUACACAAAAGAUGUCAAACGUGCUGUCAGAAACAUCACAGUCGUUAUGAGGGGAGGGAAGUAAAAAUGCAGGGAAGUUAAAAUGUGUCUGAAAUUAAGAGACGGCAACACGGCUUCCUAGGUGGCUCAGGGGUAAAGAAUCCGCCUGCCAAUGCAGGAGACCCGGGUUCGAUCCCUGGCCCGGGAAACUUCCGCACGCAGGAGAGCCACUAAGCCUGAGUGCCCCAGCUACUGAGCCAGUGCUCCAGAGCCUGAGGCGCUGAAUCCACGCACCCGACGGCCUGUGCUCCACGAGAGAGGUCAGCGCAGCAAGAAGCCGGCUGCCCCGGGCCAGGGCGUCUUGCGUCAGUCCGUGGCGGGCGGCAGGGGAAUCCAUCAGCUAGGGCAGCCUAACAGCUAGAGAGCUGCCCCAUCCUCCACAGAAAAAGCCCCCAUGGGCCAAAAGCAACAAAGACCCAGCAGGGCCAAAAGCAAAUAAUUUU